UUACCCACAAGCCUCUGUGCCCCGGUGCGGGCAGGAAGAGGGCAGCCGGGUCCAGCGCCUGCCCAGGAGGUCGGGGUGCCUUCUGAGCCGGACGCGGACGCUGCUCGGCACCCCCUAAGCCCCCAGUGCUUGCAGCCUGGCAGCCUUCUUUCUCUCAGAGGGGCAGCAGGGGAGACUGCCAGCCCUGGCUCAGACUCUCGUCCUAAAGUGCAGCCCCUUGUCGGGACUCCGGGGGCCGGGCGCUCUGCUGACAGCUGUCAGAGUGACAGCGACUCCCGAACCCGAGCACUCCCUGCUCUGCGUAACCUCGUCCGGCUCCUUAGGGUCUUCCUAACGUCUAGGAAUUGUAGAGCAGGGUCACUCGAGUACCAUAUGGCGUCUAGUACGUGCUGCCGUUUAGCUCGAUGAGAGAAAGGGAAAGUUAAGGAUGCUGGAGCAGAACAAUGGAUUUCUCUUUCUCUUUCAUGCAAGGGAUCAUGGGAAACACAAUUCAGCAACCACCUCAACUCAUUGACUCCGCCAACAUCCGCCAGGAGGAUGCCUUUGAUAAUAGCAGUGACAUUGUUGAAGAUGGUGGCCACACACCCUUCGAAGCUACUUUGCAGCAAGGUUUUCAGUAUCCACCUACAGCAGAAGACCUUCCUCCACUCACAAAUGGCUACCCACCGUCGAUCAGCUUGUAUGAAACACAGACCAAAUACCCGCCAUAUAAUCAGUAUCCCAAUGGGUCAGCCAACGGUUUUGGUGCAGUUAGAAACUUUAGCCCCACUGACUAUUACCAUUCAGAAAUUCCAAACACACGACCACACGAAAUUCUGGAAAAACCUUCUCCUCCACAGCCGCCACCCCCUCCUUCGGUACCACAAACUGUAAUUCCAAAGAAGACAGGCUCACCUGAGAUUAAACUAAAAAUAACCAAAACUAUCCAGAAUGGCAGGGAAUUGUUUGAGUCCUCCCUUUGUGGAGACCUUUUAAAUGAAGUACAGGCAAGUGAGCACACCAAGUCAAAGCAUGAAAGCAGAAAGGAAAAGAGGAAAAAAAGCAACAAACAUGAGGCGUCCAGAUCCGAAGAGCGCAAGUCACACAAAAUCCCCAAAUUAGAACCAGAGGGACAGAAUAGACCAAAUGAGAGAGUGGAUACUGCACCAGAAAAGCCAAGAGAAGAGCCAGUGCUCAAAGAGGCCGUCCCGGUUCAGCCAGUACUGUCUUCUGUUCCAACAACAGAAGUGUCCACUGGUGUUAAGUUCCAGGUUGGUGAUCUUGUUUGGUCCAAGGUGGGAACCUAUCCUUGGUGGCCUUGUAUGGUUUCAAGUGACCCCCAGCUUGAAGUCCAUACCAAAAUUAAUACAAGAGGUGCCCGGGAAUAUCAUGUACAAUUUUUUAGCAACCAGCCAGAGAGGGCAUGGGUUCAUGAGAAACGGGUACGGGAGUAUAAAGGUCACGAACAGUAUGAAGAGUUACUAGCUGAGGCAACCAAACAAGCCAGCAACCACUCGGAAAAACAGAAGAUUCGGAAACCCCGGCCUCAGAGAGAACGUGCCCAGUGGGAUAUUGGCAUUGCUCAUGCAGAGAAAGCAUUGAAAAUGACUCGAGAAGAAAGAGUAGAGCAGUAUACUUUCAUCUAUAUUGACAAGCAGCCUGAAGAGGCUUCAUCCCAAGCAAAGAAGAAUGUUACCUCCAAGACCGAAGUUAAGAAACCCCGAAGACCAAGAUCUGUACUGAAUAGUCAGCCAGAACAGACCAAUGCUGGGGAGGUAGCCUCCCCACAAUCAAGUACUGACCUUCGGAGGCAGAGCCAGAGGCGGCAUGCCAGCGUGGAAGAGGAAGAGCCACCUCCUGCUAAAAUACCCUGGAAAACUGCCGCAGCCAGGAAGUCCUUACCUGCUUCCAUCACAGUGCACAAAGGGAGCCUAGACUUGCAGAAGUGUAAUAUGUCUCCAGUUGUGAAAAUUGAACAAGUGUUUGCUCUUCAGAAUGCGACAGGAGAUGGGAAGUUUAUUGAUCAGUUUGUUUAUUCAACGAAGGGAAUUGGUAACAAAACAGAAAUAAGUGUCAGGGGGCAAGACAGGCUUAUAAUCUCUUCACCAAGUCAGAAAAAUGAGAAGUCAACCCAGAACGUGUCAUCUCCUGAGGCAACGUCUGGUUCUGCAGGCCCAGUAGAAAAGAAACAGCAAAGAAGAUCAAUCAGGACUCGAUCUGAAUCAGAGAAAUCCACCGAGGUUGUGCCAAAGAAGAAGAUCAAAAAGGAGCAGGUUGACACAGCGCCGCAGGCUUCCCUGAAGACUGGAUUACAGAAAGGUGCCAGCGAGAUUUCAGAUUCCUGUAAGCCUCUAAAGAAAAGGAGUCGCGCCUCGACUGACGUAGACACUGCUAACUCCGCAUACAGAGACACUUCUGACUCCGAUUCCCGAGGAUUGAGUGAUCUGCAGGGAGGCUUUGAGAAAGAAGACAGCCCUUCCGCUGCUGCAGAUGCAGACGCUUCUGACUCGCAGUCAGUGGACUCCAGCCUGUCUCGGAGAGGCGUUGGCACGAGUAAGAAGGACAGUGUGUGUCAGGUCUGUGAAAGCACUGGCGACUCCCUGGUCUCUUGUGAAGGGGAGUGCUGCAGACACUUUCACGUGGAGUGCCUGGGGCUGUCUGCAGCCCCGGAGGGAAGGUUCAUCUGUGAGGAGUGUGAAACAGGGCAGCACCCAUGUUUCUCAUGUAAAGUGUCUGGUAAGGAUGUGAAGCGCUGUUCUGUCAGUGUUUGCGGGAAGUUUUAUCAUGAAGCCUGUGUCCGAAAAUUCCCCACUGCCAUCUUCGAGUCAAAGGGAUUCCGCUGUCCCCAGCACUGCUGCUCUUCCUGCUGUAUGGAGAGAGACAUCUACAAAGCCUGUAAAGGACGGAUGAUGAAGUGCUUGAGAUGUCCAGUCGCCUAUCACGUUGGGGAUGCCUGUGUCGCUGCUGGAAGCGUCUCCGUGUCCUCCCACAUUCUCAUCUGUAGUAACCAUUCCAAACGGAGUAGCCAUUCUUCUGCUGUAAACGUAGGCUUUUGUUUCGUUUGUGCCAGAGGGCUGGUAGUUCAGGACCAUUCAGACCCCAUGUUCAGUUCCUAUGCCUAUAAGUCCCACUACCUACUGAACGAAUCAAACCGUGCUGAGUUGAUGAAAUCACCUAUGAUUCCUUCUUCGUCAGCUUCCAAAAAGAAAUGUGAGAAAGGCGGGAAGCUGCUCUGCUGCGAGUCGUGCCCGGCUGCCUUCCACCCAGAAUGCCUGAGCAUAGACAUGCCGCAAGGCUGCUGGAACUGCAAUGACUGCAGCGCCGGCAGGAAGCUGCACUACAAGCAGAUCGUUUGGGUCAAGUUGGGAAACUACAGAUGGUGGCCUGCAGAGAUCUGCAGUCCCAGGUCUGUGCCGUUGAACAUCCAGGGCCUUAGGCAUGACCUGGGGGACUUUCCCGUGUUCUUCUUUGGUUCUCAUGACUACUACUGGGUUCACCAAGGCAGAGUGUUCCCUUAUGUGGAAGGAGACAAAAGCUUUGCUGAGGGACAGACUAGCAUUAACAAGACCUUCAAGAAAGCACUGGAAGAAGCUGCAAAGCGUUUCCUGGAGCUGAAAGCACAGCGAGAAAGUAAGGAAGCUCUGGAGAUGGAGAAGACCUCAAGGAAACCCCCUCCCUACAAACACAUCAAGGCUAACAAAGUAGUAGGAAAGGUCCCAAUCCAGGUAGCCGACCUGUCGGAGAUUCCCCGCUGUAACUGCAAGCCUGCGGAUGAAAACCCUUGUGGCUUGGAGUCGGAGUGUCUGAACAGGAUGUCACAGUAUGAGUGUCACCCGCAAGUGUGCCCUGCCGGGGCUCGCUGUCAGAACCAGUGCUUCACCAAGAGGCUGUACCCCGAAGCAGAGGUCAUCAGAACGGAGCGGAGAGGCUGGGGCCUCAGGACCAUGAGGAACAUUAAGAAGGGUGAAUUUGUAAAUGAAUAUGUUGGUGAAGUAAUUGAUGAAGAAGAAUGCAGACUUCGAAUCAAGCGAGCACACGAGAACAGUGUAACUAAUUUUUAUAUGUUAACUGUUACCAAGGACCGGAUAAUUGAUGCUGGACCAAAAGGAAAUUACUCUCGUUUCAUGAACCACAGUUGUAAUCCAAACUGUGAGACCCAGAAGUGGACAGUAAAUGGGGAUGUUCGAGUUGGGCUGUUUGCUCUUUGUGAUAUCCCUGCAGGAAUGGAGUUGACAUUUAAUUACAACCUGGACUGUCUGGGCAAUGGCAGGACAGUGUGCCACUGUGGAUCAGAUAACUGCAGUGGCUUUCUAGGAGUGCGACCGAAGUCUGCAUUCGCAUCCACAGCUGAUGAGAAGACAAAAAAUGCCAAGUUAAAGAAAAGACGGAAACUCAAAACAGAGCCGAAGCAGAUCCACGAGGAUUACUGUUUUCAGUGUGGAGACGGGGGCGAGUUGGUCAUGUGUGACAAAAGGGACUGUCCCAAAGCAUACCACCUCCUCUGCCUUAACCUGACUCAGCCUCCAUACGGAAAGUGGGAGUGUCCGUGGCACCAGUGUGAUGAGUGUGGCAAGGCAGCCGUCUCCUUCUGUGAAUUCUGUCCACACUCAUUCUGCAAAGCUCAUGGAAAGGGGGCGCUGGUGCCCUCUGCAUUUGAAGGUCGUCUCUGCUGCUCCGACCACAACCCCGCAUCUCCUGUGUCACCAGAAUAUUGGAACAAGAUCAAAAGUAAAUGGGAAUCACAAGAUCAUGGAGAGGAAGUGAAAGAAUGAGUGGUGGUGAUUCCCUCGCCUGCUGUUCUAAACGGAAGAAGCAAAGAGAUGAUGCAUCUAAAACCAAGUGAUGCUGCCUCUGCCCUCGGACUGCCUUAGACAGGGAAGCUGAAACCCGUUCACACGGCUAAGCAGGUGCUGCCUGGUCUCUCCAGUUUGUUUUGUUGCUUUGGGGAUAAUUUUGUGGACAGUGAAAUUCCCUUGGUCUUUUCUGCCUUUUAUUGUGCUUCAGUGUCUUGGCAACUACCGGAAGAGGUGUCUUCAUUUUCAAAGUUGAGAGAAAGGGAGAGAGAGAGAGAAAAGGAAGUUCUGUUGGUAAGAUCAGUGUCAAGCCCAAGAUGCAGUCCUUGGUCGUAUAAAGCAAAAUUAGCCAUUCCUUUAUUUAUUUUCAUUUUUAGGAAUUGUGAGAAGUGUAGCUCAAACAAUCUAACCUCCGUGUGUGUGUGUGUGUGUGUGUGUGUAUGUGUCUACCUUUAUAUACCUCUUUACUGAGCCGUAGAUAGGCUAACUUCUCUUUCCUUCUUCCCUUGCCUUCUCUAGUCCCAGAGAAGGCUCUGGCCAGUACUCAGUCUGGCCUCGUGGAAACAAACGCCUUGACAGCUUUUACCUCUGUGGUCUUUAACUAGGUGGGCUUCGUGGUGCAGUAACUACCUAGAAGUUAGGUAGAGGUGUGUAGGGCUCUGUCCAGGAGGGAGGAGGGACUGAAUGCAGCCCUGAUUAUGAGUGUCACCGUUUACAGAUUUUCCUGUGCGGUGUGUGUGUGAGGACAUGAGCACUCUUUGCUGUCACCCUGACAUUGGCAAGUGAUAAAGACCGAGGAAGGCACAGACCAAAAGUUGGGGCAUAUAUACACCAUUUUCUGACCACUUAGUGUAGACUCCAGUCUUACUUAGAAUUUAAGGGCAUUUUAUUUUCUGUCUUUCCUUCUGCCAAUCAUGUUUGCUUUGCCAGCUGAUGACUCAGUCAUGUUUCCUGGUAGAGCUAUGUAAUUGAACCGGAAUUAUUUUUUAAGAGUUUUUUUUUUUUUUUUUCAGUUGAUAUCCUAACUUGGGGAUGGUGAAAGCAGACAGAGACAUCCUUGGGUUAUAUGUAAACAGUAUCUUCUUAGUAUUAUGCAGUGCUUAAAAUUGUCCCCAUCGAAGAGGGGGAGAACUUUACAGGAUAUGUAAGAACCACAAGGACGCACUUCAUCUUAAAAAGCACUUGAGAAUGCUCACUCCCAAGAAAGCCAGUGUUCACAGACAUGGCUGUGAUGUUUGAUUAGUACAGACCUGAGCAUACCAAGGUGUCUGCCCACAGAAUUCCCUUGCAUCUAGCACUUAGGAAUAUUCCAAGUAUUAAUACUAUUCCAGUAUUACCUGUAUGAAAUCCUGUGAGACACGGGAACACUGGACUAAGAAGACGUCUAGUGUUACUAUCAAACAUGAACUUCCUCAGUGAGUUUUCAUGGCUUAGCCUCCUCAAGAACUUAGUACUUCUUUAACAGGGUGGAGAUGUUCUCCGGCACCCUGGAAUUGUGUCAAGUGUGUUUGCUCCUUUUUUAAUUUUUUUACAGAUCAAUUCAGAUCUCUUUCUCUGGAUGAAAGAGCAAUUCUGUGCCUCUUUUUUAUAUGUAAAUGUGCAAUUUCUAGACAGCAGACAGACACUACAGUUUCCCUCUCUAAGCUCCUAACUGCCUCUCCUAGAGGAGCAACCCUAGUCAUUCUGCAGUGAGACGAGCUCCUGAGAGGAGGGCAGGAUGCUGCACCCCAGUCAGACAACUGACGUGAAGCACAGCCAUGCAAACACUACUCUUCAACAAUUAUGAAAUUUGAUGUCCUUUGAAACAAUAUGAAUAUCUGGGUUUUAUCAUACUAAAAUAUUAUUUUAUACAAACAUGCUAAACAUUUUUAAACACACUGAUAAGGGAUUUUCUUUGAUAUUCCAAAUGUAACUCUUUUGCGAACAGUGUCCAAUAUGAAAUUGUAUCUUCUUUCUUUUUUGACCUUAUGCUUUUUUCGUAUAGGACCACUUUUCUAUAGCAAGGCCUAGGGUGCAUCAUGUAUUUCUAAACACCUUAGGUUGACCUGUCUCUGUUCCGCUCCUUUGGGUAGCAUGUUUGUUUUUCUGUCUUUAAAGAGCUUCGCAAAGACUUCUCAACUCUUUUCUUCUUUGAUGACUAAUAGGAUUGUUCUGCUGUUUCACAAGUGUGGUUCAAAAUAGUUGAGCAUGGCCCAGAGGCUUUCAAUGCUCCAAACUUGGCACCUUCCUGUGCCAUUGUGGCCCAGGUCUGUCUUAGAGUUGAGGGUGAAGAAAGCAGAAGGCUCGCGGACUGUAAGUAUACAUACGCCGUGCUUUCCUGUCCUACGUCAGAGCACAUUCCAGAGGGCACCGUGCCUACUCACAGUCUGGAGCUGGUAUUCAUCAGCCUUGAAAUCUGUAUGUGGAAUGCAGUAUUUGGGGUUGGUUUUAUUCAGUCCAGAAAUGAAAGCCCUUGAAGCAGUGUGGGCUAACAUUGGUGGUGUUUCAAAUCUCGUUCUGAAUCUUUGGAGGAAGAAGAGAAACUGGAUUGUAAUAGCUAGAGAUGAUGUCACGAAGCCACCACAGGCCCCGUGCUGUGGAGGCCACUCUGGGCUACCAGGAUGGCUGCCUGUGCAUGGCUUAGGAGGAAGAGGCCAGUGUGUGAAGCAGUCAUCCACUUCUUAAUCUCAUCAGUGUUGGAGAUCAGAAUGGAGUGGGUUUUAUCUUUACCUCUGCUCUACAAGCCCUAUCCAUUUUCAUUCUCAAAAUUUAUCUUCCCUAAGCUGUAGAAUAGACUGAGUUUGGGAACCAUGGGAACUUGGAGAUUUCUGUGUGUUGUAUAAAUAAUAAUAAUUAUAAUAAUAUAAUAUAAAUACAUAUAUAUAUCAAUGAGUUAGGAAGCUAUUUGAAACUAAAAAGAUGAUUGUGGAGGGAGGACUGCAGCCAGCUGUGUUUGCUGUAAGUGAUGUGGACUAGAGACACUGAGUGUCUGUGGUCAUGCAAAACACGCAGAUGGGCUGGUGACAGCUUUCCUGAAAUAGUUUCUUUCCUGAGUUCUUUCUUAGUGAUAAGUUCUGUUAGACCUACAGGCUGUCUCAUCUGUCAUCUAUUCAGAAUGUAGAGCCAGGCUCCCCGGGGCCGGCUGCUUCUCUGUCGUUUUGUUUUUAAAUCGCACGCUCCUCUUGUGGCAUCCAUUCAUGCAAAGCUGAGAUGCUUCCAGCUGCAUAUCAUGUCCUAGUCGGGGAGGAAAGCACAUGGCCUUUGAGUGUCACAGCUCGGGAAAUGUGUGGUUCUCUUGCCCCUCAUGCAUCCACAGGCGCCGAGCAGUUGCUUUCUUACUUGACCUGAAUUAUUUCCACAUAGCUUUGCACCUGACCUCCUCCUCCUCUUCUGCUGAGUUACUGUGGACAGCAUAGGAAGUGACCAAAUGGAAAGUUUCUCCACGAAGGACCACCCACCCUUGGCCUCUGGUUGCUUGUAAACAAAAAGAAGACCUUGGUCCAUUUUCAGUUGGAUUAGCAAAUACUGAAAAAACAUCACCAAGUUCUGCCUUGGGUGGGGUGCUGGGGGUCUGGGAGAAAGGGUGUACGGGAGCAGGGAGGAGAUGGAGUUCAUCACAGGCACAGUGCGGUUCCCAUGACACUGGCACCUCUGCCUCAUUGAUUCAGGCUCUUCACGCACUUGGCUCUUUAGAGUCUUACUACAAUUCCUUUUUACAAUCAUGGCGUGGAAACCAUCGCUCUAUUCUGUCAAAGUAAAGUUCUUCCCAUGAGAUCACAGGUAUCUUAGAUUUACUGGCACCAUUGACGGAGAGACUACUGCAUGAGAGAGCAGCAGCGUCUUUAGAAAUUAGUUCCUAUUUUUGUUUUGUCUUUUUGUUUGUUUGCCUCACCCCCAAGUGUCACUUGUUUUAAUAUAUGCCUGGGUGUGGGGGGCAUUUGCAUUUAUGCUGAAAAUGCUAUGUGAGACCCUUGUUUCAAAACCAUUUCUGCCAGGCAUGGUUGCGCGUACCUUUAAUCCCAGCACUCCAGAAGCAGAGGCAGGCGUGUGCCUAUGAGUUCAAGAAUUACAUGGUGAAUUCCAGGACAGCUAGGACUAUGUAGAGACCCUGUCUCAAAAAGAAAAAAAAAAAAAGAAAAAAAAAUAUGUUGUUUGGCUUUUGUCUAGCCAUUGCAAAAAUGGCAAAUGUGAGCACUUGUACCUGUGUGGGGGAGGGGGGAGAAAAGUAUUGCUUGUCCUUUAGUAGGCUCUGAAAGUCAUUACCGUCUAAGUUAAAGGGAAAAUAGAAAUUGCCAAAGUCAGUAUUCAGUCCUUGGUUUUCUUGUGACUUCGCUAGUCUGCUGAGGGAUGAGAAGCACUUCCAGCUUCCUCUGUCUUUCCCCUGCCUGCUGACAGAGCCUCAGUGUGUGCAAAUCCAGUUUGCCUAGAUAGGGAUUCCUGUCAGCUAAAAGAACGGGGGAAUUUUACACUUACUUUUAUUGUCAGCUAACAUCUCAUUUUUUGUUCUGUGCCCUAUGGUAACUUUACUGCCAAUAAUAACCAAGAUGCUAACUGAUUACAACUGGCUAAAAAGAUCUUUUUAUAUACAAAGAUUUGUGUAUAUUUUGAAUUGAUAUGGCAUUCAUUUGUGUCGAUUUGAAUAUUAUACAAUAAACAAUUACCUGCAGAUUCUGUCUUCAUUCUGUGUUCUUUGAAUAGUGUUCUUUACAGAUUGUUUAUAUCUGUAUUUACUGUAAUGAACUUUGUAGAUCCUGUGAAAUAUUAUUUUGCUUAAACCACUUGAGUCCUUAAUAUCCAAGCAUCGACCUUCACUGGUCAGUCUCAGUUUCUGUGACUUGGCCAGGAGCUCCUAACACUAAGGGAUUAGUGCUAAUUUUCCCUGGGGGUAUCCUACUAGGGCAUUACUGUAUAAUGACUUUGAAACAUAGUUUAAGGAUUUUGUUGAUUGACCAAUGUCUUAUUGCAAAGUAUGAGCCUACCAACCUUGGUUGACCUGUGUAUUGACAGCUUACUGCUAACUAGUUGGCGUGUAUGUAGGAUUGCCUGUAAUAUUUAAACUCUUUCUGCUACGUGCUGGUGGGACAGUUUUGGUACAUUGUAUUUACUGAAAUUUUGCCUUUUUAAUUUUACAGAUACUUUAGAAUUCAAAUGUGUUUUCUGCUUCUGUAAGAAUGUGGAAACGUUUUUAAUGGCAUUCCAUUGGUUUCAGGUCUUGCUCGAGGUUGACUUGAAUAAACUGUCCUGUAUGUUCUAAUUAA